CCACCCUCCACUCACCCUCACCGUCGCCAUGGCCUCCACCGCCCUCCGCCCCGCUGCUCUCCGCCAGCUCCUCACCGCAACCACCACCAAGCGCGCCUCCACCCUCCCCGCCGCAUCCCUCCUCCGCACUCAAUUCACCCAGCGCUCCGGCUUCCAGACCACUGCGCGGAGACCUAUUCUCCCUCCUCUUCCGCAAGUCAUCCGUGGAGGUGUCAAUGACCCGGCGCCGGUGAAAGAGCCGAGUCCAUCGCAUGGAAGCUACCAUUGGACGAUGGAGAGACUCGUCUCCGCGGCUCUCAUCCCAUUGACUAUUGUCCCCUUCGCUGCUGGCUCGCUCAACCCGGUUUUGGACGGCACUUUCAUUGGCAUGAUUAUCAUCCACUCUUACAUUGGUUUCCAAUCCGCCAUCACCGACUACUUCCCCUCAUGGCGCGUGCCCAAAACCCGCAAGCUCGCCGACUGGGCCAACGUCGCUGCUGUCUUCCUGGUUGGCUGGGGAUGGUACGAAUUCGAGACGAACGAUAUUGGUUUGACUGCGGGUAUUGCUCGGGUUUGGACGGCGGGUGCGACGGCGAAGGAUGCGAAGAAUAAGAUUGAGCAGAAGUUGUAGAUGGAGAAGCUGGGAUGUUGCGAAAGAUG